UCCAUCGCCUCGACACAGGCCGCUACCGGCACUGUCCACACCGCCGGUGCUCCUCUGAACAUCCACUCCGGACCCUCCACCUCGUCCAAGGUCGUCGGAUCAAUCAAGAACGGCGCUAAGGUCACUAUCGACUGCACGGCCACCGGUACCAAGGUCACUGGCAAGUACGGCACCUCCACCAUCUGGGAUCACGUCCCUGGCGGCUAUGUCACCGAUACCUACGUCUACACCGGAACCGAUGGACGUGCUGCUCCUGCAUGCAAGGGUACUACUCCUCCUCCUUCUGGUAAUAACCUGCCCGGAUUAAAUGCACGUCAGUCUGGAUACGCCCGCACGAUCGCCAAGGCUGCCCAUACCUACGGAGUCGGUGCCCGUGGUUGUGCCGUUGCCAUUGCCACCGCCUUGGUCGAGUCCAAUAUUGCGGUUUAUUGCAACUACAAGGUCGCGGGAUCCUGCAACUUGCCUCACGAUGCCGUGGGAUCCGACCACCAGUCGGUCGGCAUUUUCCAGCAGCAGUCUCCGCUAUGGGGAACUGCUAAACAGUGUAUGGACCCUGCCAGCUCUGCCGGUUUGUUCUAUAAGGCCUUGAAGGGCGUCAAAGGCUGGGCUAGCAUGCCGAUUGGAACUGCCGCUCAGCGCGUUCAGCGCUCGGCUUACCCAGACCGCUAUGCCACCCGCGCGAGUCAGGCCGUCAGCAUUUGUACC